CUCUAAGAAGCUUAGGUGUCGCCGUUUCUUCUUUUUUAAUCGUUCGACGACCUCGAUAGCGACGAGUCUUCUAGGGCCCCCUUUGCGACACCGGAAUUCCCCGUGAAGCAAUUCGUUAGCGAACGCGUGUCGCGCUCUCAUAUAGAGCCGACAAUCGCGCGGAUCGUUCAUCGAUCUGUAAAACAGAUAACAGAUUUUCCGCUUUCCGGAACAGUGAUCGAUAAGCGCGGCACGUGCUCGAGCUACUAGCGACUGUUUCUCGGCGCGAAAGUUCCGGACGAACGUAAUUAAUAUUAUCGUCAGAGUUUCCUGGAUUUUUGCAUUCCGUUUAAUUCAGGACUCGAGUUGUAAAACUUUCCACGGGGAUCUGCAGACUUUAAAGAAUUUCUGAUAUCAAUUCGGUUCCUUCACCGUAAUAAUCCCUCAAGUAUCGACGAUUAUUAAGUGAGUUAGAGCAGGCUGAAUUAUUCAUCUAGAGCGUCGCACAUUGCUUACAUCUAGCUGCACGUGUUAUGUACCUUCGUUAUCUUUCCCGUUAAUCCGUAUCGAUUGCGAAAGAGAUAAGAUACAAGGUUUCUGCCGGCGGCGCAAAUUCGAUGGAAUCUCCUGAUGCGCGGGAAAAGAAGGAUCGAUCGGCCGGAUCGAUCGUGUGUAUUGUGACUCGACGUGUGGAAACAGCGUGCCAAGUGGAAAGGGAUGUGAAACGAGGGUGCCCGGUCCGAGAAGAAGUCGCGUAACUCCGUGCUCCGCGCGCGAUCGGACGUUCCAAUCUUCGGCUCGCGUCGCGACGAAACGUGUUUCGCGAAAGGAAAGGAAAAGGAGAAAAGAGGAAAACCGGGUGUUGUUCGAUUGUUGAUGUGUGGUGACACCUGCCGCCAAGGACGGGAGACUGCGCAGGGGGUUGCAAAAUAGUACCGGAAGUUACCCUCUGCCGGCAGUCUCCCCCUCCCCGCGUCCGCUUCCUCUUCCGCCGACGAGCCGCGAGCCUGGACAGCGAGCCUGAUGGAAUCGUCUUUCUUUUCUAGGAAAAUGUUCAUCGGCGGCCUAUCUUGGCAGACCAGUCCAGAGAGCCUUAGGGAGUAUUUCACCAAGUAUGGAGACAUCACAGAGGUCAUGGUUAUGAAAGAUCCCACCACGCGACGAUCAAGGGGCUUCGGAUUCAUCACAUUCGCAGACCCUGCGAGCGUAGACAAAGUGCUGGCGCAGGGCAAUCACGAACUGGACGGCAAGAAAAUCGACCCAAAGGUAGCAUUUCCUAGGAGAACACAUCCAAAGAUGGUGACAAGGACAAAGAAGAUAUUCGUCGGGGGAUUAUCGGCGCCGACGACGCUGGAGGACGUCAAAAAUUACUUCGAACAAUUCGGUCCGAUCGAAGAUGCUAUGCUGAUGUUCGAUAAGCAAACUAACAGGCAUAGAGGCUUUGGGUUUGUCACGUUUCAAAGCGAGGAUGUCGUCGACAAAGUCUGCGAGAUCCAUUUCCACGAAAUCAACAACAAAAUGGUCGAAUGCAAGAAGGCACAGCCAAAGGAAGUGAUGCUCCCAGCGAAUCUGGCGAAGACGCGGGCGGCCAGCAGAGGCGCAUACGAUUUUAUGUGGUCUCUGGGAGCAUUACCUGAUGGUUUCCCAGCGGCAGCGUACGCGGCAUACGCGGCGGGCCGCGGCUAUUCUGGGUACCCUAGUUUCGGAUUACCCUACCCGACAGGAGUGCCGGCGGUGUACUACCACGGAACAGGAAGUGAGAAUGCAGGCCGCGCGUAUACAGAGGCGCCGAUGCAACACGUCCAACGCAAUGCACUCCGGAAGAAAUUGGAUCUAACCAAUGGACAACUCACCCCAAACAACAACACGCCCUUACUUACACAAGCACUUUCUGUGAUGAACAACUACCAGGCGGCCGCAGCGCAGGCCGGAUUCCCGCCGGCGUCGCCGCACGCGGCCGGCCACGGUGGGCCGCAGGGCCGGUCUUUCCCGGCGGCCAAUUCACCGGGCCCAAUUGACAUGUACAGCUCGAGCGCCGCCGCCGCAGCAGCAGCCGCAGCCGCGGAUUCCGCAGUCGCAAGCUACGUCCAGGCCGCAGCUAGCCCGCAGCCCCCCACGACCGCGUUCCCCGCGAUCGCCGUAUCCCGCGCCCCGCUCAACUACAGUCCCGGUCCUUUAAUACCAGCGGCGUUCACUAAUGGCUACCAUUGAGCCUUGUUAAGACCUAAUAACAGGAUGGACGAGACGGCAGAACGCAGCACGGUCGCCUGAUAUAAUAAGUAACACGGACGAUUUAAGGCAGCUAAACACAGUGGACGAUCUCUGGACGAAAAAAAAAA